GCGGCGCCGGCGGCGGUGCCACGGCGGCGCGCGGAGGAGGUGGCGGCAGCGCGCGUGCGGCGCCGCGAUGGAGCCUCAUGUGCUGCCUCAUUAGCUAUUAACCGUUGUGGAAUACAUCUGCAAGAAGAAAUUCAAGGUCUUCUGAGGGACACCGAAGCAAGCAAUGUCUUUAAGCCAUGAGCAAGUUCAGGGUGUAUGGAUAGACCCAGUACUGUGAAUGCUGGCCCCAAUGCGAUUGUAUACACUUUCCAAAAGGCAUUUUGUUCUGGUCUUUGUAGUAUUCUUUGUUUGUUUUGGUCUGACAGUCUUCAUAGGAAUAGCAGGUCCUAAUGUAAUUGAAACUUCUGUAGCAAGAACUGACUUAAAUAACAGCCUAAAGCUGAAGCCGUUUAAUUUAAGUUCACCACCACUGUCAACUUACAACCAGCAGCUGUGGCUGACCUGCGUAGUUGAGUUAGAUCAGCAGGAUGUAUCCCUCAAGAAGAAUGUGACUAUGACAGUCAAAGUGCUGGGAGUGGUGAAGGAUGGAAGCACACCAUAUGUUAACAAUCAGGUUCACAAUCGGACGAGAUUACUCAGUUGUGCACAGAAAUGCAGUGAAAUCAUUGUUGCUCACCUUGGCUACCUGAACUACACUCAGUACAACAUAUUUGUUAGCUUUGAAGACCUAAACAAGUUAACGGACUCCAUCCAGAAUAUUACUUUCACAUGGAAGACCUAUAAUCCGACUUUUUCACAAGUGGAAAUAUGGUUCCGAUUUGUCUUUGUAGUUCUUACUUUUAUGGUCACGUGUCUGUUUGCACAUUCCCUGCGGAAAUUUUCUAUGAGAGAUUGGGGUAUUGAACAGAAAUGGAUGUCCAUCCUGCUUCCUCUCUUGCUACUUUACAAUGAUCCAUUUUUCCCCCUUUCUUUUCUGGUGAAYAGYUGGUUUCCUGGAAUGCUGGAUGAUCUCUUCCAGUCACUGUUUCUGUGUGCAUUGUUGUUAUUCUGGCUUUGUGUCUACCAUGGUAUAAGAGUACAGGGGGAAAGGAAGUGUUUAACUUUCUAUCUGCCCAAAUUCUUUAUUGUUGGACUAUUGUGGCUGGCCUCUGUUACACUGGGAAUAUGGCAAACUGUUAAUGAAGUACAUGAUCCUACAUAUCAAUACAGGGUUGACACAGGCAAUUUCCAGGGAAUGAAAAUCUUCUUCCUUGUGGUGGCAACCACAUACAUUCUCUACCUUUUAUUCCUGAUAGUGAGGGCAUGUUCAGAACUUCGAAACAUGCCUUAUGUUGAUCUCAGGUUAAAAUUCUUGACUGCAUUAACAUUUGUAGUGCUUGUCAUUAGCAUUGUUAUACUCUACCUACGUUUUGGAGCACAAGUUCUUCAGGACAACUUUGUUGCUGAGCUGUCAACUCAUUAUCAGAAUUCAGCAGAAUUCUUAUCAUUUUAUGGUUUAUUGAACUUUUAUCUCUACACAUUAGCCUUCGUGUAUUCCCCCUCAAAGAAUGCACUAUAUGAAUCACAGUUGAAAGACAAUCCUGCUUUUUCCAUGUUGAAUGAUUCAGAUGAUGAUGUGAUCUAUGGGAGUGACUAUGAAGAGAUGCCACUUCAGAACGGCCAAGCUAUUAGAGCCAAGUACAAAGAAGAGUCAGACAGUGAUUGAUUGACUGGUUUCAGUGUAGAGAGAUGUGUUCAUCUGGAAUGAAGCCAGUUCUGAAGUUUUCCUAGAUGGAUGACUUACAGUCUGCCGUCAUCUGAACACCAACUCCCAGGAAGGACAUCCUGCUUCUGUUUCUGUUUACAAGGAUAAAACUGAGAAAACGAAUGCUGGAAAURGUUGUGGUGAAAUCUUAAGAAACCAAAAUUUUUACGUGUCUUAUAAAAUGCCUGAGAACAGGAUGUCUGUGGACUAAAAUCUUCAUCUAUUUCCAUUUAAAAGUCUCACAGAUUAUAUACUGAGUUUCAAAUUGCUUMUUUGCUGCUUGRUUUUAAUUUUUUUCYUCUCUUUACAACGAUGUACAGCAUUCAUCUGUUGCAUUUGCAUUAGCUGUUYUGUAUAYUGUCCACUGCAGUAUGAAGUGCCUCAUUUCCCUUUCAAUUUUCUACCUUAGCCUUUUGAGCUGGAGGCAGGGAAUGAAGUGGUCUUUCUUGGUUUUUUAAUCACUGCAAAGAAGACAAGCUUUCARUUCUUCCUUGAAAUAAGUGAUACAGCCUUCAGGCCAUUUUUAAAAUACAUUUCAUUACGUUUACUAGAUUUGUAAGUGCAAGAUAUGGGAAAACAGUCAACUUGUAGUGAGCCAGGAAAAUGUCAGUGGUGCGAAAUUACGUGUGUUUCAUGACAUGCUUUACUGCCACAACGUGUCUGUAUGUUUUUUCUAAAUAGCGCUUUCAAAUGGAAAUAUUUCAGCAACAACAAAUCUCAGAAGGAAGCCAGUACUGGCUUCUUGCUGGUCUUCUUGUGUGCUGGAGGAGAUUGUUACACUUACAKAGAAUAGACUAUGAAAGUUUUCUAAGGAAUUACAGUUUGAAAUUUCCAAACAUUUCAUUUUUAGAGUUUUUUUCCUACAUGAAUUUUCCCUCAAGUUGUAUUAAUAGUURUUGUAUUGAUACUCUACAUGCUAGGAACAAUUGUGGUUGCUUGUAUAUUGAACGUGCCUGAGUCAGCUUGUGAGCAUGUUCUGUGCACAGUUUAGCUCCUUUGUCAUAYCAGUUGCCACCUGUAUGAUGGGAACUUUUACUAGCACAUUUUGUGAUUAUCUGUAUUCCAGUCUGUGCUGGAAYGAAGUUAUAUGGGAAUUAAAUAUUCCUUGUACAAUGCUGCUGCUUCUCUAUUUAGAAGUUGGUUUUCUCCUACACCAUUGUUCAGUUCAUUAUUUAAGAUGUUUGUUUGUACCUACUUCUGUUUUCAGAUACUUUUCUAAAAGUAUCUCCUUUUUUCSUGUAUUUGUAACAGAGAUUAACUCUUGUAAAAUUUCUCUACCCUGCUGCUGUUGAAGACUCUCRAAAGCACUGUUAAUCUACUACAAUAAGGUGCUGGGUUGUACUAGGGAAUUAAUCAUUACUACAGCAUUAAAGUAGUUUAAGCAGAAUAGUGCAAUGAAGUCCUGCUAGACUUGCUGAAUGAUACUGGGGAAAAAGGAGAUUUGUUGUGCUUUAAUGCAACAACUGCUCUAGACCAUUCCCAUUGUAAUAACCUCGUGGUUCAAGAUCAUGAAAGGUAGACUUGACAAGGCAGCAACUCAGAGACGACCAAAGGAACUGAUUCAUGUGGUUGUGCCCUUGCURUUGUAGAAUAGCUCAGAUUAAAUCAGUGCUCUGCUAAAGAUGUGUCAGGAGACAUUGUGUGUGUGAGAGAGGGAAAGCUUUCUAAAACUAUGUCAAACUGUGAAAUUUUUUGAGGGUAUCUGAAAUGAAAACCUUCUUAUGCCAGGGAUCAUUUCUUUGUUAGAAGCCAAAGCACUGUCAUAUGGCUAAGGCAAGGAAACUGAUGGGGAAGAAAGAUAAGGUUUUUCCCUUCAAUUUCCUAAUUGAUAUURCUUUAGAAGAACAUACAGGAAAACAUUAAAAAAUUCAAGUUAGUGGUGGUUUUCUUUCCAGUGAACUGUAGUAAAUGUACCUUCAGCAUUUCUUAUUAGACUACUUUUAAAGGGUAUGGGAGAUGCUCUGUAUCCUGAAAUUUGAGAGCCCAUUCUUAUUUUUGCUAUUCCUAAGAUAAUUCUCCCUAUUUGAAUGUGCAGUCAGAUAUGGGAACCAAUUUGGCAUUGUUUGCAUAAGCCAAAUCCCUUAAGUUCCACUGGAAUAACAGAUACAAGAAGUAGGUCUUCAAAGAGUGGUAUUUACACAAUUCUUAUAUAUUCAGGUAUUUUUUUCCUCCGAUGCUGUUUAAUUCUCUUCUAAAUUGUUGUGAAGAGAUAAAAUUUGACCAAUGUCCAAGUACACUAAUGUUUCUUAUCACGGUCUGAACUGGUUGUUACAGUUAACUCUGAAAUAGUGCCAUGCUUUGGGAUUUCAUUAACAAAAACCYGUAUUUUUCAUCUAACUUGGAGAUUAUUUUUUCUAAGUUGUUUUCAAUCCAUUUCUCUUGUUGUUUUAUUUGAAUAAACUUCACUGCAUCACUACAUUCAAAGUGGAAAUAGAAAACCUAAGAUUGGGAAAUGUGUACUUGAAGUAAGUAUCUCACUGAAAAGAGUGAGAAAAUAGUUUCUGUGGUAAUUUUUAGAAAUUAUAUUUAAGCAAUGUUUGCCAUGCAAAAUAGCUUUCUGUUUUGGAAAUGCUACAGUGUUAUGGUAGCUUGGUUGAAGCACUGUUGCAUCAAAUUCAAUAUACAGUAAGGUGACAAAAGGAGUGAAGCAYAUGAGGAACUAGUUAUACUAGCAAGACUCCUCUUAUUUCCAUGAUGGGAAAGCAGAGACAAUAUUUGAAGAAUAUUCCAAUAUGGAUUGURAACAGCUUGGGAGUAGGUGGCAUAAAUUCACCUCUGAGUAAAGUACUGAAAUCUAAGAGUCAAACAGAAGAAAUCUGUUUAAGAAGUAGCCUGGCUUUCCUUUUAUUACUGCUGAAGUACUUACUUCCCUCACUAUUGGAACUUCACAAAACAAGUACACAGAAAGGGCCUACAGCACACAGUGAUCUUGCUCUAAAGGAGAGGUCAUYCAUUAAGUAACUGCAAGAGUGCCACAUACACAGUGAUUACAAGGGACUUUCAAGGAAUCAAUAAUUGAGUGCAAGCCAGUCAUAGCAACUAGUGUCUAUAGUAUUUGCUUUACAAAUACAGCUGAUGUUGAAAUUGGUUGAAGACUUUCCUAGGACUGGCAGAGGAAGGUUUAACAUCAGUGAAAAACAGCUAGUGCAUUGGAUCUGUGGGACAAUAUUGGGGAGAACUAUUCCAGCUAGGAAAGACUUGGAUCUAUUGUCUUUCUGUGAGCCAAAUGACAUUUUAUCCAUAGUCACCUAAUGUCCCCACGCAUUUCCUUUUGCUUAUGCCAGUAAUAACUUUUGCAUUACUGUAAAACCUUUUUUUUAGGCAUUUGUAAAUAUGUAAAAUGAAAAUAUGGAAAAAUUGUGUACCAAAAUGGUAUAAAAAAGUGUAAGAUAAGUGCUCUGUUUAAUGAGAAGCUGUAAUUAAAUGCUGCUUUGAGAAAGUGUGCAUGAGGACAUGUUAAAUAUUCUGUGUAUCUGUAAGUUGUGCUAAUAAUGGCAAAUUAUCCAUUUAUGUGGCAAAACUUCAUGCUAAUGUGGAAUAUGAAGGAAAACUGAAUAUUUUACUUCAAGAAAGUUUCUUGGAAGACUUUAUGUGCAUAAUCAUUGUUAAAUAUGUUCAUAAUAAAGUUUUAUAUCUUUA